CACAACUUUAAAUGGAAUCACAAAUCAAAUCAACAUUUCCAGGAUUAGGGAACCUUCAUUUUAACCUUGAUGAGACAGAAAAGAAAAUGAACCAAUUCACUAUGCUCAAGUGUAAACUUUCAAGGGAUAUUAAUACAUGUACUACUGAGUAUAUUUAUUUUGAAUCAAGAACAAAAGAGAUUCUUCAAGCUACUCUCGAAUGAGUACAUAAAUCACAAGCUCAAAAUAAUUCUCAAAAUGAGGAGCUCUGCUACAAAAGUUCCCUUGAAUCAUUUAAUGAUCUAAAGUCUGAACUGAACCACAUGAUCCAAACCCACACUCAAAGCACCCUUAACUCACUUUCUUCAUAACCUCCCACCUCCUCUAUCUGGUCAGUACUAAGAACAAGCAGUUGCA